AUGCUCCUCUUCCGCGGCCGCCCUCCACCGCCCACCCGCCGCCUCCUCACCGCUGCCCGCAGCACCGCCAGCACCCCUCGAGUCACCGGCUUCGUCCCGCCCAGUCCAGAGUCGCUCGGAAAGCCGCGCAUUCCCCGGAAAUCCUCUCCCCGGCUGCGCAAGUACGCCCGCCGCCUCGCCUACACGACGGCGCUGGGGACGACGCUCUACCUCGCGGACCGCUUCCUCAACUACUCGACCUUCACGCGCAACUUCCGCACGCUCGGCACAUGCACGCUCAUCGCGCUGGACUACAAGAUCAACUUCGCGCCGUCAAAGUCGUCGCGGCAGCUGUCGCGCCUGCACGAGCGCUCGGCGGACCGCCUACUAGACCUGUGCCUAACAAACGGCGGGCUAUACCAGAAGAUGGGGCAGGCGAUCGCCAUGCAGAGCGCCGUACUGCCGCCCGUCUUCCAGGCCAAGUUUUCGCAGUUCUUUGACGAGACGCCGCAGGCGGGGUGGAAGGAGGUGGAGAAGGUGCUGAGGGAGGAGUAUGGGCAUCUGCCCGAGGUGAGGCACGGCACGGGCGAGCUGGUGGACCGCAUCUUUAUGCCUGGGACGUGGGAGAGGAAGGCGAUUGGGAGUGCGAGUGUUGCGCAGGUCCACAGGGCAAGGCUGAAGACGGGCGAGUGGGUGGCCGUCAAGGUGCAGAAGCCGUGGAUCGAGAGACAGGUUGGGCUGGAUCUGUGGAUGUUUGAAUCAGUCUCCUACUUCUUCUCCGAGAAGCUCUUUGCCCUCCCGCUCUCCUACUUUGCGCCUUACAUCUCUGCCCGCCUUUUCCAAGAAACAGACUUCAUCAACGAGGCCAACAACGCCACUCUCAUGCGCGACUUUGUCCUCUCCGAGCCCAGCCUGCGCAACAAGGUGCACAUCCCGCUCGUCUACCCGCACCUCAGCACACGCCGCAUCCUCGUCACCGAAUGGAUCGACGGCGUCCCCGUCUCCGCCCGCCCGCUCCUCACCGGCCCCUACCGCAGCCCCGCCUGGCUCGGCCACACGCCCACCACCCCCUACAACCAAGUCCUCUCCGAAGGGCCGCUCAAAAAGUACCGCCCGCCCCCCGCCGGCACCCCCCAGACCGUCUACGGCCUCGGGCUCCGCGAGCGCGACAUCAUGCAGAUCAUGGUCGACCUCUUCUGCGCGCAAAUGUUCAUGUUCGGCUCCCUCCACUGCGACCCGCACCCCGGCAACAUCCUCAUCCGCCGCACGCCCGCCGGCCGCCCGGAGCUCGUCCUCCUCGACCACGGCCUCUACAUCUCCACCACGCCCGAGUUCCGCCGCCAGUACGCCGAGUUCUGGCGCGCGCUCAUGACGUUCGAUAACGGCACCAUCCAGCGCGUCGCGAGCCAGUGGGGCAUUGCCAAUGCGGACCUGUUUGCGAGCGCUACCCUGCUGCGCCCGUAUACCGGCGGCAGCAACGACAUCGCCGACAUUGUCGGCGAGGAGGGCUCCCAUGAGCGUGGCGGCUCGGCGUUUGCGGCGCAUGUCAAGAUGCGCGAGAAGAUGGGCGCGUUCCUGGAGGACCAGGAGAAGAUGCCGAAGGAGCUGAUCUUCAUUGGGAGGAAUAUGAGGAUCGUGCAGGCGAAUAACCAGGCCCUCGGCUCCCCCGUCAACCGCAUCAAAAUAAUCGCCCUCUGGGCCUCGCGCUCACUCACCCGCUUCCCCGCUGCCACGGGCGGCGACGGCUUCUUUAAGGGCUGGCUGCGCCACCUGGUGUUCAAGGUUGUGGUGCUGGGACUCGACAUCGUGUUCUGGUAUGGGCGUGUUCGGCAGGCGCUGCUGGGCGGCGUGGGCUUCGAGGAGAGGCUCGAGGAGCGCAUGAGGAGGGUUGCGAUGGAGGAGCUGGGCGUCGAGUUGAAUCAUGGGGUGUUUGAAGGGUAG